CUCUCUUUCCCUUUCCCAUUCCCACCUCACAUCCGUCGUGGGGACGAUACCUCGAGUCGUCCGGAAGGAUCCCGACAAAAACACCACACACCGGACCAAAACAAAAUAACGGCCAGGUGACUUGGGAAUAUUCUUCUAGAUAGACAAUGGCGGUAGCCAACCUCGUCGAACUUAGCCGCGACCGGAGCGCCGGCGGCUGGCUGCUCGCCCUCGGCGCGGUUGCUGCGACCUACUACGUGAUAUCGUCCAUCGUGGCAUGGUGGCGUCUCCGCGAGUUCAAAGGACCCUUCCUGGCCUCCUUCUCGUACAUGUGGCUGGGCUGGAUAUCCUACAGCGGCCGCAUGAGCGAGUACAUGGCGAAGGCGGAGGCCAAGUACGGCGGUCUGCCGCCGUCGACGAUACGCAUCGGCCCCAACGAGCUGCUAACGAGCGACCCGGACGUCAUCCGGCGCUCGUCCGGGGCGCGGUCCAGAUACACGAGGUCGAACUGGUACAAGGCGGCCACCCUGGACCCGUACGACCCCGCCAUGCUCAGCACGCUCGACACGGCCGCGCACGACAGGCUCAAGGCCCAGACGGCGCCCGGGUACGCGGGCAAGGAGAACGCGACGCUCGAGCCCGACUUGGACGCGAUGCUGGGCCAGAUGACGGACAAGAUCCGGACCAAGUACGCCGCCGCAACCCCGGGCGACGUGAAGCCUAUGCUGGACCUGGCCAUGAUGGUGCAGUACUUCACCCUCGACUCCAUCUCCAAGCUCGCUUUCGGAGAAGAGUUCGGCUUCCUCCGGGCAGAGGGCGACAUUCACGGGUACCUCGAGACGGUCGAAUCCUUGGCGCCCACCACCGUCACCAUCUUGGCCCUCCCCUUCCUCCGGGACAUCCUAACCUCCAAGUUCAUGCUGAGUUUGCUCGGGCCUACGCCCAAGGACAAGAGAGGGAUGGGCGUUUUCAUGCGGAUCGGAAGGUCUAUCGUCGACAAACGCUUCGCUCGCGAGGACCCCGGAGCCAUCCAGGACAUGUUGGUAAGCCCGCCCACUCUCCUUGGCUCCUUCAUCCGCCACGGCCUGACACGGCGACAAUGCGAGACGGAGUCACUCGUCCAGAUUGUUGCAGGGUCCGACACGACGGCCACGGCGAUCCGUACCGGCCUGCUCUACCUCAUGACCAAUCCGCGCGCCUAUCGCGCUCUGCAGGCCGAGAUCGACGAGGGCAUCCGGGACGGACGUAUCUCGAGCCCCAUCACCAGCGCCGAGGCCGCCAAGUUGCCCUAUUUGCAGGCCGUAAUCUACGAGACUCUCCGCAUCCACCCGCCCCUCACGGCCACGCCCUUCAAGGUGGUCCCGCCCGAGGGCGACACGAUCGACGGCAAGCGGGUGCCGGGGGGCACGCUGGUGGCGCCCGACUUCUGGACGACGUCGCGCAACCGGGCGCUGUUCGGGCCCGACGUGGACGUGUUCCGCCCGGAGCGCUGGCUGCUCGCACCCGAGCGUGGAGGCGGCGGCGGCGGCGGAGGUGCGGACCGGGCCGAGAUGCGGCGCGUCGCCGAGAUGGCGUUCGGCUACGGAAGGUGGAUGUGCGCGGGCAAGAUGAUCGCCUUCCUCGAGCUGAACAAGGUCUUUGUCGAGCUGCUACGCCGGUUCGAUUUCCAGUUGGUAUAUCCCUCUCGGCCGUGGAAGUGCGUCAACUACAACCUGUUCCUUCAGCGGGAGAUGUGGGUGUCGGUAUCUCUGCGAGAGGAACCGAAGCCGCUAGAGAAGAAUUAAGUAGGACUUACUCAUUAUAAUUUUAGUCCGUAGCGCCCGAAAGGACACAAGCAACUAGGAAUAUCAAGCGGCGCAGCGGAUCUGUUAUUAAGGAUUGAGGUCUUCGGAGGCCAGGUUUGGCCGACCUACCGCUAGGGAUGACAGACCGGGGUUCAGCAUAGAUUUAGAGAGCUUCUACCAGUACCACUUCUGGGGACUAUACAAGAGUUCUAGUAGUGCCUGCUACAGCGCUUACACCGCUAUGGUUGACCAUAUUUGUAUGUACACAGC